GAAGUUUAAAGGUUUUACGCAAGGUUUACGCACAUUAACUGCAUCCCUAUAAAUGAUAAGCUCUGGGCCAUUUGUAUAUACUUGUACGGAACUCGGUUGCAACGGUGGCAGCUCUGUUUCAUCUUUGUACCGGAAGUGAUGUUAUGUUUCUGCACCUUCGUUUCUAGCGCGGCUUAAUCAGCUUGGGAACUGGAGGAGCUGUGUGCGUUUAACCUCCGAACUGAACAGCCAGCAUCUUGCAUCAGUCAGUGCUGGCAAGGACCACAGAUACUGCCAGGCUGAGCCCAGAAACAGAUGAUUAGGGGUCCACACUUUUCACAGGUCUACAGCAUGCUUCUGUAUAUGCUACUUGCUUUAUACCUUUUACCAGUAUAUGGGGACUAUACUGAUGAUUGGAUUGAUCCCAGUGACAUGCUUAACUAUGACGCAGCCUCUGGAAAGAUGAAAAAUAAACCCCAGGAUGCUACAAUCCAGCCUGCACAGAAAGCAAAUGAACAGCAUCAAAAUGUGGACAUAACAUGGUCAGCAAAAUAUCAGGAAUGUAAAAAAACACUAGAAAACCUCAAUGUACAGUUAGAGGAAAGUAAAAGAAUGGAGAAAUCUAAGAGUAACAGCCAAGCCAUUUUUAAACGCUACCUUAAUAAGAUGUUGAUUGAGGCUGGACGCAUAGGACUUCCAGAUGAAUCUUACCCUGAUGCUCACUAUGAUGCACAGGUUGUGUUCACAGUGGAGAUGCUAGCAGAAAUUCAGAGUUUCCUUAAUGAUGGAGACUGGAAUGUGGGAGCACUUGAUGAUGCGCUGAGCAGCACUUUAGUGCAAUUCAAGCACCAUAAUGAGGAAGAGUGGAAGUGGAAAUUUGAGGACAGUUUUGGAAUAGAUGUAUACACAUUAUUUAUGCUCAUCCUAUGCGUGUUGUGCUUAGUUAUGCUGAUAGCCACAGAGAUCUGGACUUAUAUUGCUUUGUUCACCCAGUUAAAACGCCUCCUUAUGUUGAGCACUGUCAUCAGCUUUGGCUGGAACUGGAUGUACUUAUAUAAGGUUGCCUUUGCUGAGCGCCAGGCAGAACUAGCAAAGAUGCAAAACUUUGACAAAUGCAGUGAGAAGAUCAGCUGGUCCGAAAGCCUGUUUGAUUGGCUGAAGGGAGCUGCCACAUUCCAAAAUGAUCCUUGUGAGGAUUACUUUAAAGCUUUGAUAGUUAGUCCUACGCUGAUGGUCCCACCUACUAAGGCACUUGCCCUCACAUUUACCAACUUUGUAACAGAACCACUCAAACAUAUCGGAAAAGGAAUUGGGGAGUUUUUGAAUGCUUUGCUAUCAGAGAUCCCUUUAUUUUUUCAAGUUCCUGUACUCAUUUUUAUUGCAGUUCUUUUGGUGGCAUUCUUUUAUGGGGCUGGCACAGCCGUCAUGAACCCAAUAAACCAUUUCAGGCGAUUACCAGGCCCAGACAGAGAGAGACCAUUGCCUGUAGAGCCUGCAAGGCCAAAUCAGAAUAGGUUUAUUGAGGAUGUGCACCCACCAGCUCCCCAGGGUGGGCACCACAACCAGCUACCUCCAGGAGAGAGGGGCAGAGACAACGAUUUGCCAGGUCGUGAAAGAGAGAGAACUUUGCCUAUAGAGCCUGCAAGGCAACAUCUAAAUGGUUUUAUUGAAGAUUUGCGUGCACCACUUCCCCAGGGUGGGCACAACAACCUGCUACCCCAAAUGGUGAAGAGCAGUGACAGUGAUGAGGUGAAUAUGCAAAGGCAACAACCUCCUGAUGAUACAGAUGGCAGCAACAGUGCACCAGUGAUCACUUUUGCAGCUCCAGCGGAUGCAGAGCAAGUUACAAGUGACAAUACAAGACGGCCCUUGGAUAAGGAAGAGCACUUGGUAAAGGAAUCUGUACAAGAAACAGGGUAUGAUGACAGGCCAGAAACAGAGAGCCCUGAGGCUGAAGCACAAAUACAUCAAAGUCCUGGUGUGGAAACCCUGAGAAGCACAGGGACAGAACUGUGCUCUAAGCAUAUGGAUUCAAGACAGAGAUGCACAUGAACAUAUAGAUGGAAUAAUUGAAGGGGCAAAAAGAGCACAGGCCAAUAUGAAAGAGGCCAGAAAACGCAACUGCCAGUGGAAAUAUGGACUUCACAAAUGAUCUUGAUUGGAUGGAGAGAGCCAGUAUUAUGAACCCCAGCCCUAGAGUUGGACUACUGGGCCACUAAACUUUCAUUGUGCUUUCCCUUUGCCUAACAUCAACAUUAGAUUCUAAUCUGCUGUACAUGCACAUCCUAGCAGGAAACUGGAUUGCUCAACUCCAAACCAGUGUUAGAGCUUAGGCAGAGCAGGAGAUACCCUGCGGCCCUAUACUAUUGCCAAGCAGCCAAUCAGCUGUGCCGUCACAGAAGCACCCUUUCUAUUAUGACAUAAUAUGGAUUCUUUGCCACAACCUGCUGUAUACCUGCCGCCCUCCGGCCUGGGCCAUAUUAGUGGUGAACAUUAAAAAUAAUUGUGGUUUUAUUUAAAAAAUAACAAACAAAAAAAAAAAACAAACAACAAACGACAAGAGUUGUGUUCUAUGCCACAGUUUAUUACACAGUACAGAAUGGAACUGGCAACUUAGAAAAUGAAAAAUUGAGCAAAAGAACAAAUUAUACCAUUAGUGGUGUUAGACUUUUUUUCAUGUAUAUUUUUCAAAACUGCGAGCUGGCACAGAACACUGUACCUUUCUGUAAAGUUUUUUUUUUGUACAAUACAUAUUUUUCUAUUAAAAAAUAGCCCUUUUGCAAAUAAAAUCAGUGCGCUUAAAGCAAACACA